AUGUCUUGCGCGUGCGUUUUCAAGAGGAAAUUUCUAUCACUUGUGUUACCUCAAAUUACGUUAGAUCAACAGGCUGCGAUCAGCCUCCGCGAUUACUCGCUGGUGAAAUUUCUGGGUGAUCUACAUCUUGUGCCUGUGCCAGAUGCAUCAGCGGCCUACAUGCAUUCGCUUUCCUCAAGUGCUCAAACUCACAAUCGAUGGUCCAUCCCUCCCAUGUAUGUCAUGAUCUUGAUGCUGUUCCCGACAUUUCAGAACACCGUCAGAAGCUGGCAGUCCGGGACGGGCCGUGGAAGUAUGGCUUCAGAGAAACGAUGCCAGAAGGAGACUGGAGAGACGGAUGAGACCCGUUUCGACUGGGUGCCCUUCUGGUAUCUCAAGCAUAGCGCAGAGGCCGGGACCGGCGCGAUCAAUGCCAGUAUCUCAGUCAUUCUGAUCACGAUUCAGGGACCGGCGCGAAUUGCGCGAUCAAUGCUAGUCCACUACCUCCGAGGCGGAUUUCCCCACAACGUUUAUUGA